AUGAUAUCCGACAACCAACUCUACACGCUCGCCAUCUUUCUCGGCACCGCUGCAAUGCUUCUCAUAAUACUAUACCACUUCCUCGAGGUCAACUCUGAAGACCAUGCGCCAAUGCAGAAGCCGAAAGCUGUUCCGGGCAAGGCAAAGAGCUAG